GAAGAGUGACUUGUCUGCAAUCGUAAAUGUCAUAUUUAGUGGAAAAGUAGUGAAUUUGAGUGCAAUUUAAUUGAAAUGGCUGAAAAUAGGGAAGAAAUUCUUGCAAAUUUUCAGAGCAUUACCAAUGUGGAAGAUGUUGCUGAAGCAAUAUUUCAUUUAGAAGAAUCAAAUUGGGAUCUACUGUCGGCAAUAAAUAGAGUAAUGCCACAGGAUGGCAACUCAACAACUCAGUCCAAUAGCACGCAUGAUGUGGAGAUGAUUGACGAUGACAUAUCUGUGAUAACUCCAAAAAAUCACCCACCAGAUCGGGAAGAUGUUAAUCAAGCAUCAACAUCCGCACUAGGCAACAGUUACUCAGAUUUAGUUGAACUACAAGUUAGCUGUAAUAAUAAGAUACAUGAGAUCAAAAUGUCGGGUUCCGCUACAGUCAGUGAUCUCAAAAAGCGAAUGGAAACACUAUUCGGCAUACCAGUUUGCCAGCAACAAAUCUCAGGGCUCGGCGGAUCAAAGGCGACGUCCAGCGCUCUACUGUCGAGUUUAGGGCUUGCGCGUAAUGCUGUGCUGCGGUUAAAAGCUGCAGAUAGAGUAAUGGCUGAUGAUGAGGUAGCAGAAAGACUGACCACAACAUACACGUUACGAGUGAAGCACGACGACAGAGAGUACACACUAAAGUACCCGGGCACCAAAACAGUUCAAGACGUUAAGAAUGAUUUGUUCUCGUUAACGGACAUACCUGUACGGCAUCAGGUAUGGACAGGUUGGCCCAAUGUUACUGGACUAGAUGAUACAGUGUUAGCAAUGGUAGGGCUAGAACUGCCACAACACGACUUAUUCGUGAAACGAGCACCGAGCAAGCAGAAGGAAUACAAGAGAAUAAUAGUGGACAGUUCGGAUAGUGAAAACAGUUCUGUGGAGGAAAUAGAAGAUGGUGAUUCUUUCCCCACUGAAGACGAUAUGUUUGUUGAUGUGCCAUCAGAAAGAUUACAGCCGUUAAUGUCAGACCACGUGGAAGACGAAGCGCUAGGUUGUAUAGAGUUCGCGCAGCGCUUCCGCACGCGGUACGGGCCCAACACGCCCAACUUCUUUGAAGGGACCCUGCAAGACGCCAUCAAGGAGUCCUGCUUGAAGCCCGCUAAAGAGAGAAAACUCCUCGGCGUAUACCUCCACCACGAACAAUCAGUGCUGUCAAACGUGUUCUGCGCGCAGCUGCUCGGCUGCGAGACAGUACUACAGACGCUAGCCGCUAACUUCGUUGUGUACGGCUGGGAUCUGACGCACCCGGAUAAUAUGAACUUACUAUUAACAUCAGUAACGAACACCCUCGGGCCAGUGGCCAGCAGAACGAUUCGCAGCAUCCCCAUAGACCGGCUGCCAGCUCUGCUUAUUAUUAUGAGGGUGCGGUCUAAUACGGAGAUAUAUUCAGUUAUUAAUGGCAACGUAGGCGUAUCCGAACUGGUGGGCGGUCUAGUAGAAGCGCUAGAACGUUUCGCCUCGCAACGCGACGAGGACGUGAAGCUCGAACGCGAGCGGCUCGCGAGGCAACGCGUCAAGUGGGAACAGGACGAGGCGUAUCAGAGGAGUUUGGAGGCUGAUAGGGCAAAAGAAGAGUUUAAGAAACAACAAGAGUUUGAAAGGAAUCAAGAAAUAGAAAGGGCAGAGUCAGAAAGAUUAAUGGAAGAAGCAAAGAAAGAGGCGUUACGUGCAGGUGCCCAAGCGCGGGUCCCAGCGGAGCCGAGCGGCGGCGAGGUCGAAGUAAGCCGCAUCCGAGUGCGCCUGCCGCCGCCGCACCACGAGUGCCUCGAGCGGCGCUUCCACGCGACCGACACGCUCGCGGCUUUAUUAGAUUUCCUAGCGUCAAAAGGUUACCCACAAGAGAAUUACAAGGUCAUCUCUAGCUGGCCUAGAAGAGACCUCACAACCGAAUCUCAUAGCAGUACGUUAAAAGCGCUAAAGCUGUAUCCACAAGAGACGAUCGUGCUCGAGGAGCGGUGAAGUGUGCACGCGCCCUUACAACUACCCACCAUUUUGUCAUACGGUUUUAUACUUUACGCCUUACCUCGAAUACAUUUGCAAGUAGAUUUUCUACGUUAUACCAAAAACAUAGAGCUGUCUCGCUCUUGCAUACGACAAUCGUAAGGUGCGAGGGAGAUGAAAGAUUUCUGUCUGGUGUUUCAAGCAAUGUGUAUUUUGAGUUUUUGUUUUGGAUUUGGAAGCAAUGCUUUAAGUAAAAGAAAAUAUUGUUCACGUACUUCUUGUAUCGAUCAUACAAUAGUAUAAAUCUUGGCAUUUAUUUAAAAACCGGUACAAAUAAUAUAGAAUCAACAAAAAAUAUAUCGAUGUUUCACACAAUUCUUCUCAUUGCCCUUAUAAUCAACUUCUUUUCAAAAAGGAAUUGAAAGGGAAAGUAUACAGAUAUACAAAUUAACUUUGAUUUAACAGAAAAUUUCUAAUUAUUGGCGCAGUUCGAUUAAGUUUAUUUUUUACAAUAAUUGUAUGAUUUCGUUUACAAAAAUAUCACCUAAUGACAUAUUAUUGUAUUGGCUUUAUAGAAACAGAACUUUAGGCUUACUUUGGGUUUGAUAUCCUCUCUGUAAAUAGACUUGGUGUAUUUAAAUUUAUUUAGGUUUUAAUUCGCUUUGAAAAAAGUAUUUAUGUGUAUUAUUUUUUAUAUAUUUUAAUCUAUUUUCUUGAUUGCAAUUUUCAAUGAAUAAAUAACUCGUGAUUCUGUUAAUACUUGAAUUAAAAAAUUAAAAGGAUGUUUCGAAAUAAUAUCAUAAAAAAUAUUAUUAAAUCAAGAGUGAGUGAAGAUCAAUUCAACAUUCAAUAAUUCCUGUAAAUUUUCGACACAUCUCUCCAUCAAUAUCGUAAUAUUUUAAAAGGACGCAAUUUAUUAAUUUUUGUAUACAAUUAAACAUGCAUGGUAUCUUUGCUUCACGCAUGCGCAGUUAUACACCAAAUAGUACCUGUUUAAAACCGUAUGACGUCACUAAUUCCAAUAGGUAUGGCGAUACGCGAUCAAGCUGCAUGACAAAUAUAAAUUUAACGGCUAUUUAAGAUAUAUUUGGCUAAAAGAAUAAAUAAAAGUAAUACUAUCAUGCAUGCAUGAAAGCUAAUUUGUCAAGCAGCAUGAUCGUGUAUGGUCUGUGUAAUGUUUGAGCAGUAAGUCGGUUCCUGGUCAAACUUGUACGUUCAUAAAUAUUUGUAUUGUCUAUUAAAUUGCGAGAUGUUACAAUUCUUAAUUUGUAUUUGUAUAAAUUGCAUUACGUUAAUUAAAGAUAAAAUAAGA